CAGGGCCGGUCCUGAUUUAAAGCUGGAUGAAAUAUUUGCCUAGGUCCUCAAUUUUUUUCGAAAAAAACUAUAUGAACGUAAGCCUUUAAAUUUAUUUAAAAAGUUUUCAAAUUUGUAAAAAAAAGUUUUAUGAAUUUUUUUACUAAAGCACUUAGGGCCUCUAAAAUCUUACUAAACAUUUCAUCACAUUUAUUAAAGACUCAAUGGAAGGCAUGACCGUUUCUAGAUAAAACUAGAUGAAACAUUCACUUAGAACCCCAAAUUUUUGUAAAGAAAAUUAUAUGAACAUAGAUCCCUAAAUUUAUAGAAAAAAGUUCCCAAAUUUGAAAAAAAAAAUUAUUGAAAUUUUUACUAAGUCCACUGAAGCCAAAAAAACAAGGCUAAUGGCUUUUUAUCACAUUUAUUAAAGACUCAAUAGAAGAAAAAAAUAAACAAACACGAAGGAAAAUAAUAAGAACGAACUGGAGAUAUGUCUGCUUGUGCCUCCUUUUGUUCUGUUUUCUUCAUUGCCUUACUUGCGAGCUUAAGAUCUUAUGCACAGCAACCAGACCCUACUUACAUAUACCAUCUUUGUCCAAACACGACAACUUACUCCCGAAACAGCACAUACUCUUCCAACAUUAGAACUCUUUUGUCCUCUCUUUCUUCCAACAGCCGUUCUUCCUCUACCGGAUUUUACAGCACAGCGGCAGGUCAAAGCCCUGACUUGGUGUUCGGCCUUUUCCUUUGCCGGGGGGAUCUCCCGCCAGAAGUCUGCGGUAAUUGUGUCGUCUUUGCUGCCAGCGACACUCUCAAAAAAUGUCCAGAGGAGAAGAUUGGGUUGAUAUGGUACGACCAGUGCAUGCUUCGAUACUCUGACCGGAAUAUUUUCUUGGAAUCUUCACUCCAAAAUGGAACAAACGGAAUACUCAUGUGGAACACUCGAGAUGUUCCAAAAAACCAAUCAGAACGGUUUCGUGAUGAAGUGUUCUCUCUGAUGAACAAGUGUGCAAACGAGGCUGUUAAUAGUUCAAAAAGGUUUGCGGUUAGCAAGUCCAACUUCACAUCGGUUGAGACACUUUAUGGGCUGGCUCAGUGCACACCCGAUUUGACGAGUGGUGAUUGUUUUAAUUGUCUACAACGGACCAUCAGUUCAUUACCCACAGCCCAAAUUGGGGGAAGACUUCUUAUGCCGAGUUGUAACUCAAGGUACGAGCUCUACAAAUUCUUCGAAGAAACUGCCACAUCAAUACCUCAACCUCCUAAACCUCAGUUGGAUUCAGCUCCUCCACCGCCUUCCCAAGAAGCUGGAAAAGGCAGAAACUCAUCUGUCAUAGCAAUCGCUGUUGUUGUUCCAAUCACAGUCAUUUUUGUUCUUCUCGUAGCUGUUUUCAUUUUCUGGGCUAAAAAGAAAAGGAGAACUUAUGAGACGGAACCACUUGCUGAAGAUAGGGACGAUAUUACAACUGCAGGGUCACUUCAGUUUGAUUUUAAGGCAAUUGAGGCAGCAACUGAUAAUUUUUCUGAAACUAACAAACUUGGUCAAGGUGGAUUUGGGCAAGUCUACAAGGGCACCUUUCCUAGUGGAAUACAAGUUGCGGUGAAGAGGUUAUCUAAAACAUCAGGACAAGGUGAAAGAGAGUUCGAGAACGAAGUUGUUGUUGUGGCAAAACUUCAGCAUAGAAAUUUGGUAAGACUACUUGGUUUUUGUUUGGAAGGGGAAGAAAAGAUACUUAUCUAUGAGUUUGUGCCCAACAAAAGCCUUGAUUACUUCCUUUUUGACUCGACGAUGCAGAACCAGCUGGACUGGAAAAUACGGUACAAGAUCAUUAAAGGAAUUGCUAGAGGGAUUAUAUAUCUUCAUCAAGAUUCACGACUCACAAUCAUUCAUCGUGAUCUCAAAGCCGGUAACAUCUUACUGGACGCUGAUAUGAACCCGAAAGUUGCAGAUUUUGGAAUGGCAAGAAUUUUUGGAAUGGACCAAACGGAAGCCAAUACGAAAAGAAUAGUCGGAACCUAUGGUUAUAUGUCUCCGGAAUAUGCAAUGUACGGCCAAUUCUCCAUGAAAUCAGAUGUGUACAGUUUUGGAGUCUUAGUUCUUGAGAUUAUAAGUGGUAAAAAGAACAACAGUCUCUAUCAAAUGGAUGGUACAGCUGGCAAUUUAGUUACAUAUACAUGGAGUCUAUGGAGCAAUGGAUCGCCAUUAGAGCUCAUGGAUGCAUCCUUUCGAGAUAAUUAUCAAACAGACGAAGUUACGAGAUGCAUUCAUAUCGCUUUACUAUGUGUUCAGGGAGAAGCUGAAGAUCGUCCAACCAUGCCAGAGAUCGUCCAGUUGCUCACUUCUAGCUCCAUCGCUCUCACUUUGCCUCGACCACCUGGAUUGUUCUUCCGAAGUAAGCAUGAACAAGUCAGAGUGGAUCCUAGUAUUGACACGUUUGCCAUGGGUUCUGUGGACGGGGCUUCUAUUACUCAAGUAGCUCCUCGUUGAAAACAAAACUAUUCAUAAAUAAAAAAAUUGAUUUGAAAUAAGGAUUGAAGACUGUUACGUAUAAGAUUUAGAGACUCAUGAAUAUUUCAUCCGGACCUUGUUUUUUUUCCUAUGAGGUAUUCAAGACCUUUUGUAGUCUACCUUUUAAGUGACGAUCUUGGGUAUAAUGUCGUGAUAUACGCUAUAUCUGUUGUAAUUACUGUAUUCCAGCACUUUAGGAAAGUAGGUUAAGCACUCAUAUAUAUACUUGUAGUCGUCAUAUGGAAUAAUACAGAAAACCUUUUACCCUA